CUCAUGCUUCCAGCAGCUUUGUCGAUAAUUAAGUUUAAUAAUUACAAUCCAUCAUGGCUUCACAAGAAGAACAUAACCAGACCCAGGCGGAAGCAACAAGAGCCUUUCCUCCAGAACAAGAACCCCCCUUUAGCAUCUUCGACAAACACCAGAAAUGGCUGAUCAUCGCUAUUGUCUCAACAGCGGCGACAUUCUCCGGCUUCGCCUCGAACAUCUACUUCCCCGCCCUCCCCACAAUCGCCUCCGAUCUCUCCGUCUCCCUCGAGCUCAUCAACUUGACCGUAACAACCUACCUAAUCUUUCAAGGUCUUGCCCCAAGCCUCUGGGGUCCCGUCUCCGACGUGUAUGGGCGCCGCACAGCUUAUAUCGGCACAUUCCUCAUAUUCAUCGCCGCCUGCAUCGGGCUAGCCCUGACUCCAAACUACGCGGCGCUAAUUACGCUCCGCUGUCUGCAGAGUACCGGCAGCGCGAGUACGAUUGCCAUUGGGUCCGGGGUUAUCGGGGAUAUCACGACGCGGGCGGAGAGGGGUGGGUAUAUGGGUGUUUUUCAGGCGGGUUUGCUUGUUCCUGUUGCCGUCGGGCCGGUUAUUGGGGGUGGGAUUGCGGGGCGGUUAGGGUGGAGGGCGAUUUUCUGGUUCUUGGCGAUCUAUGGCGGGGUAUUUCUUGGUCUGUUGGUUGUUCUCUUGCCGGAGACGUUGAGGGCGCGCGUUGGAAAUGGAAGUCGCACACCGAGCAAUCCGGUAACCAAGUAUCCGCUCGUCGCGUACCAAAAUACAACUACAAUCCUUUGGCAAGAUGCACCGUCUACCUCUGCUCUCGCCGAGCGCAAACGAAUUGAUCUCCUUGGCCCCCUUCGCAUGCUUCUGAGCAGCCACUCCGCGCCAAUCAUCAUCUUCCUCGCGGUAUACUACGCAGUCUGGCAGAUGAGCAUCACGGCCAUGUCCUCGCUGUUCAAGACGCGCUAUGGGCUCUCCGAGAUCGAGAUUGGACUUACGUUUAUCGCGAACGGGGUGGGGUCUACGACUGGGACGCUGAUCACGGGGAGGAUACUCGACGCGGAUUUUCGGCGGGUCAAGGCUCAGUAUGAUGCAGAAGCGUCGUCUGAUCCUGAACAGUCCAACCCCAACAGAGAUAGGGACCGAGAGGACAACUUCCCCCUCGAAAGGGCGCGCCUCCGCCUAAUCCCCUUCUUCUCCCUAGCCCAAUGCCUCUCCAUCCUCCUCUUCGGCUGGACAAUCCAAUACCCGAGCACAGUACCCCUCGCUAUCCCUAUAAUCUCAACAUUCAUCACGGGCUGGACGGCCGUCUCGACGCAGAGUCUGAUCAUGACAUAUCUAAUCGAUGUCUUCCCGGACCGCAGCGCCGCUGCGAGCGCGAGUCUGAAUCUUGCAAGAUGUUUGUUCGCCGCGGGGGGGACGAGCUUUGUCAUGCCGAUGAUUCAGGGGGUUGGAGUGGGUGUUGCCUUUACGAUUUGUGUUGCUGUUCAGAUUAUGGCGCUUGCUGGGCCUUGGGUGCAGUGGAGGUUUGCGGCGCGGUGGAGGAGGGAGGAGAGGGAGAGACGGUGGGCAGCGGAGCGAGUUAAAAGCAGCGAUCUAGAUAAGGGGCUCUCCACUUCAAUAUAGGCAAUAAUAACUGUUUGCUGAAAUGAUGAAAUUUCCAUAAAACUAUUUCACCCACACCUUUGCACCUGAGCAUACU